AUCAGAUUAUUCCGUCCGCUGUUUGAAAAAAUGCAAGUAAAUAAAUCAAAAGGCAGUAAUGUUAAGUAAAAAGAAUAAUAAAUGAAAGUGCUGCUCUUAAUUAGUUUGCGUUGCGUAAAACAUUGCCAUUGUGGAUAACAGUGAAAAUGGAUUUAUCUGAAUUUGUUUUAGGCGGCUUAGCUUCAACUGGCGCUACUUUCUUCACAAAUCCUAUUGAGGUUAUUAAAACUCGCAUACAAUUACAAGGCGAGUUAGCUGCUCGUGGCACGUAUGUGGAGCCCUACAAAGGACUUUUCCAGGCAUUCGUUACCGUUGCGAAAAAUGACGGUUGGGCGGGUUUGCAAAAAGGUCUUGUACCAGCCCUAUAUUUUCAGUUCAUAAUCAACUCUUUUCGUUUAAGCAUUUAUCAAAUGGCUUUAAACGAACGCUGGAUGCAUACAAAAAAUGGUGAUAUUUCAUUCGGAUUGGGUUUACUUUGGGGUGCAGCUGGCGGUGCUCUUGGUUCCUAUCUCUCUAGUCCAUUUUUCAUGGUUAAAACUCAAUUACAAUCACAGGCAGCUAAAGAAAUCGCUGUCGGUUAUCAACAUCAUCAUACCGGAAUGAUGCCCGCCUUAAAGCAAAUUUAUAAAAAAGGCGGUUUAUUUGGCCUUUGGCGUGGCGCGUUGGCAACAAUUCCCAGAGCGUCAUUGGGCUCGGGUGCACAAAUUGCCACAUUUGGCAAAACAAAGGAAUUUUUAAUAGAAUAUAAUCUAGUUACUCAACCAAUUUUGAAUUCGUUUACUGCCGGCCUAUUUGCCGGAUCUGUUAUGUCUCUAGCCAUAACUCCGCCUGAUGUUAUAACUACUCGAUUAUACAAUCAAGGUUUAGAUGAGCACGGUCGUGGCCUAUACUAUAAAGGUUAUUUCGAUUGUGUAGUAAAAAUUUUGCGUUCCGAAGGUAUUUACGGCAUGUACAAAGGAUUUUGGGCAAAUUACUUACGGAUUGCUCCCCACUCGACAUUGGUUUUAUUAUUUUUCGAUGAAUUGCUGCGCCUACGUGAUGCUUACUUUGUAAAGUCCAAAAUAUAAAUUUUUUUUUAAUCUGCUAAAAGUCGGAAGUUAAAAACAAAUUUUUCUUAUAUGUAUUUU